AUGAAGUUCACUCUCGCCGCUCUUCUCGCCGUCUCUGGCGCCCUCGCUGCUCCCACCCCGGAAGCGCCAGGAAUCCCCACCACGGCCAACGCUCGAACCCAGCUCGCUGCGUUGACUGUUGCCGCCAGCACCAACACUGGUACCUAUGAUCGCGACCUGUUCCCUCACUGGAACACCGUCUCCGGAACGUGCAACACUCGUGAAUAUGUUCUCAUGCGUGAUGGCACCAAUGUCGUGACCAACAGCGCCUGCGCCUCGACCUCCGGAUCGUGGUACAGCCCCUACGACGGCGCGACUUGGACCGCUGCCAGCGACGUUGACAUUGACCACAUGGUUCCUCUUCAAAACGCUUGGAUCUCUGGAGCCGCCGCGUGGACCACCGCCAAGCGUACUCUGUUCGCCAACGACAUCACCCGCCCUCAGCUCUGGGCCGUCACCGACGAGGUCAACUCGGCCAAGAGCAGCUCUCCUCCCGACCAGUGGAAGCCCCCGCUGACCAGCUUCUACUGCAAGUACGCCAAGAGCUGGGUCGCCGUCAAGAGCUACUGGGAGCUCACCGUCACCAGUGCCGAGAAGUCAGCCCUGACCACCAUGUUAAACACUUGCUAAACAGAUGUUGAGUCAAACGGGUGUCGCCUCGGCUUGAGGAUCCAAAAGGGAUGGGGAUGGUUGUUGUGUACUAGUUACACAUUUCUCUGUUUCGUGUAGCUAUGUUCCUAGGAACAUACGAAUGAUUCACUUACUUAGUCAUUAAGACUAUAACGCCGAUUGUCUCU